CUUUCACUCAGACAACCCUCCACUGGUGACAAGCCUUUCCCAUGCUGUUACAGUACGAGUUUCCUUCGCUUCCACUAGGUUUGCUAUUAGGUUAUCUUCCCCUCUCCUGUUUUCACUGUCGGCCAUCGGCAGUAUUUUAUUGGGUGUGUUCCUUAUCUGCUGACGUUUCGCGCUUCCGGAUACUUCUUACCAACGUAGGGUCGCCUCCAUGGAUUUCACGCUCGUUAAUUGCAACUACCUGCGUCCCUACGAUUCGUGAUCUAGACCUAGCUUUAGGGUGGAUCGUUGGCUCUACCUUCAACCAUUUAGCGGUAGUUUCUCUGUGUUUGACUAUAGCUUAAUAGGGGUAUUUACCCCUAUUUAGGAUUGCGUGAAGCUGGGUGAACCAAUGGCUGUCGUGUCGGACGAGCCGAUAGAGGUGAAGUUUCGGUUAGCGGACGGAUCUGACAUCGGUCCGAACAAGUUCGAACAGGAAGCGACGGUUCUCUCGCUGAAGGAAAAAAUACUUGCUCAGUGGCCUGGAGAGGGGGGACCCAAGUCGGUGAACGAGAUCACGCUCAUUAACGCCGGGAGAUUGCUGGAGAAUACCAAGACGCUGUCGGAGUCCCGUGUUCCCGUGAGCGAGAUCGUAGGCACUCCCAUCACAAUGCACGUCGUCGUUCACCCGGCUCAAGCAGACAAAACCGCAGCAACACAACAACCAGCUGAUGCAGCAUCUGGCAGAUGCGGCUGCACCAUUCUGUAACCCCCCUUGUGAAAACAAGCCUUAUUAUUGGCCGGCUUUGUCCGAAUAGCCCAUCAAGUCGUCACCCCUCAGCUGAGGGGUCCUCUGUAGGUGCCUGAAUCUGCUUUUUCCUAGAUUUCAUGUAUGUGAGGAACUAUUUUCCUCUACGAUUAGUUUAUGUCUGUUAAUGCGUUAUCUCAGCCAGCACAAAAGCUUCCAGGAUAUUUGAAGGAAUAAUUGCUUAUGAAAGAA